AUGGCUUUACUGUCGUAUGUACUUUGCGCAUUAUUAUUUUUGACAUCUAUUCAAGCAUUUUAUUUACCCGGCUUAGCUCCAGUAAAUUAUUGUAAGGCUGGUGAAGAUAGCGGGAAAUCAUGUAAAAAUGAAAUUCCCCUAUUUGUAAAUAGGCUGAAUACAGAGGAAUCAGUUAUCCCAUUUGAAUAUCAUCAUUUUGAUUUCUGCUUAUCUGAUGAAACCCAAUCCCCUGUGGAGAAUCUUGGGCAGGUUGUGUUUGGUGAAAGAAUAAGACCGAGUCCUUAUAGAUUGAAAUUUCUUGAAAAUGUCGAGUGUCAAGCUGUUUGCACAAAAAACUAUCGGGGUACUGAUCCUGAUUCAAUUAAAAAGUUGAACCUUUUAAAAAUGGGAAUGGCUUUAUAUUAUCAACAUCAUUGGAUUUUGGACAACAUGCCAGUCACAUGGUGCUAUUUGGUAAAUGAAGAUGGAAAAAUGUAUUGUAGUACUGGAUUUCCAAUGGGAUGUCAAGUGCGUAGUGAUAUGGACACAUGCACUCCAAUUGUCAACAAUAUACCAAACAAAGUUGGGGCCUACUACCUUUUCAAUCAUGUCGAUUUGGAAAUAACUUAUCACAGUGGUAAAGAAGAGGAAUGGGGUGUUGGUUUUGGUGAUAACGAAGGACGCAUUAUUUCUGCUAAGGUAAAACCUGCAAGUAUCAACCAUCCAAAUCCCGAUCAUUUAGACUGCAGUAACCGUAACCUGUUGGAAAUACCAAACACUCUACUGAAGGAUGAGAAAUUCAGUAUAACAUACUCUUAUAGUGUGAAGUUUAUUAAAAACAACACAAUAAAAUGGUCAUCCAGAUGGGAUUACAUAUUGGAGUCAAUGCCCCAGACUAACAUCCAAUGGUUCUCUAUUUUGAAUUCCCUUGUAAUUGUACUAUUUCUAAGUGGAAUGGUGGCCAUGAUAUUAUUGAGAACCCUACAUAAAGAUAUUGCAAGGUACAAUCAAAUGGAGUGUGGAGAAGAUGCUCAGGAGGAAUUUGGUUGGAAAUUGGUGCAUGGAGAUGUGUUUAGACCACCACGCCGUGGCAUGCUUCUGGCUGUUUUCCUUGGAUCUGGAUCUCAGGUAUUCGGUAUGACUUUGGUAACGCUCGCAUUCGCUUGCCUCGGCUUUCUCUCACCUGCGAAUCGUGGCGCGUUAAUGACGUGCGCCUUGGUUGCUUGGGUACUACUAGGCGCUGCUGCUGGCUAUGUUAGCGCCAGGAUCUACAAGAGCUUUGGAGGCAGACGAUGGAAGAGCAACAUCCUGCUUACAUCAAUGGUGUGCCCUGGAGUGGUGUUCUCUUUAUUCUUCAUAAUGAAUCUUGUAUUGUGGGGAAAAGGCUCAUCUGCAGCAGUGCCCUUCUCAACUUUAGUGGCCCUCUUAGCACUGUGGUUUGGGGUCUCCGUGCCGCUUACAUUCAUUGGAGCUUACUUUGGGUUUAGGAAGAGGAUCUUAGAUCAUCCAGUUCGCACAAACCAGAUUCCACGGCAGAUCCCUGAACAGUCUCUGUACACACAACCCAUUCCUGGAAUCAUCAUGGGUGGAGUUCUUCCAUUUGGCUGCAUCUUUAUUCAACUGUUUUUCAUUCUGAAUUCACUCUGGUCUAGUCAGAUGUAUUACAUGUUUGGAUUCCUGUUCCUCGUAUUCGUGAUACUGGUGAUCACGUGCUCCGAGACUACGAUACUGUUGUGUUACUUCCACCUGUGCGCCGAAGACUACCACUGGUGGUGGCGAGCCUUCCUAAGCUCUGGCUCGACCGCAGGCUACCUUUUCAUAUAUUGCUGCCACUACUUUGUCACCAAACUCAACAUCGAAGAUGCCGCCUCCACCUUCCUUUACUUCGGCUAUACCUUCAUCAUGGUGUUUUUGUUCUUCCUACUUACAGGCACCAUUGGCUUCAUGGCGUGCUUCUGGUUCGUAAGGAAGAUAUAUAGCGUUGUUAAAGUCGACUAA